AUGACUCCAAUUGGGAAAAGGAGAAGCCGUAUUCCUGUUGGAUGUCCGUCACCUGAAGUGUGCGUAUUUUGUAAAGCUGUAGGAAAAUUCUGCUCAUACGGAACUCCAGGUGAUUCAUAUCUCCCAUCAUGCGCUGCUUGUGAACUAGCGAGAGUGCACUGUCGCAGGAGCUUCAACGUCAGGUUCCGCAAUGGAUUGGAGCUGGAUGAUGAAGAACUUCAAGCGCUUUCACGGGUAGUGAAUUCUUCGAAGUUGACAGGGCCUUUCCGAAUCUACGAUGAAACUCGCGAGAUUGAAAGCUUGUACGAGGAUGCUACUGCAAAAGAACAGAACGGAGAGGAUAUCACCUCAGAUCAUCCUUGUGUUAACAACGGCCCAGCGUUGGAAGAUUAUCACACCUCUGGACAGACAGUGACCUCUUUAAAGAGUCUUCCGCAACUUCCGCGGGCGCGUUCUAUAUUGGCAAAUAGAGCUCCCGAAACGACCGCUACACCCAUACAAACUAACUCGUCAGACAUCAAUGUGUGCUGUCAAGAUAUACCCUCCUUAAGUCGUCCGGAUUUACAUCAAUCUCUUGAAGAUGCUCUGUUCGGCGCUAGGCGCACUGAACUUACAGAUGACUACUUAGUACAGUCCAGUCCAUUAGACGAAAGGGAAGCCACGCUCAUGCGCAACUUUGUGGAAAACAUGGCUUUGUGGGUGAGUCUUCGCAUUGCCACGAAGCUUUCUCAAGCACUGCUAUGA